AUGAAAGACUCAAUCCUCAUCUCCCUCCUACCGCUUCUCCUGGCAGGCAGCUCGGCUGUUCAAGCCUCACCAGCUCCCAAACCCUCGAUCGAGUUCCUCAAUAACGGACAGGUCCACCGCAACGGCGCCCAUAACAUCCACGUCUCAUACGACCGACCUGAAGCUCUGAGUGGCGAUGUCAUUCUCGUCUACGGUGACUGCGGGUUGGAUCACCAUUCCAAGUCGCACCACGAAGUGGGCCGAUUCAGCUCGGACAACUACAAGCGAGAUGGAAUGCCCACCCGUUUCGUCUGGCUCACUCCGGAAGACGCCCCCAGUGGCGGCUGUCUCCACGCAUUCACCGAUGCAGGCCUGGUCGGUCAAUCCGCCCCGCUCGAUAUGCAACAUGCCCCCUUCGGCAAACGUAACACCCUGUCCUCUAUCAAUGACCCUUACGGCGCUUGGUUCGACGGAGUAGCCUACCUCAAGGCCAAGGAACCUGAAGCUUCGUUCGUCGCAGGAAAAAAGGACCAGAAGAUCGGGAUCAUCGGAGGUGGGAUGUCGGGUCUCAUGUCCGCCUUGUUGCUCGACUCGGUCGGUAUCCAUAACUGGGAGAUCUCGGAAAGCUCUCAACGUAUCGGAGGACGUCUGCAUACCGCAUACCUCAACGGUACCAAGCCUGAGGAUUACCAGUACCAGGAGAUGGGGCCCAUGCGAUUCCCUACCAGCUUGACCUACACGGGUACCAACGAGACGCUCGAGAUUCAAGACCACAAACUCGUCUUCCAGCUUGCGGAUGAGCUUAACAAGAUGAACAAGGGAGGCGACCCGUCCCUGCAGGUCAACUUUAUUCCCUGGAUCCAAAACAACCCCAACACCUAUCAAUACGUCGGAGGUCUUCGAAACCCCGACGGCACUGCACCUCGACGAAGCCAAUAUGCUGCCCUCGCCGCCAACGCCUCUGCUGGCACCGAGGCUGCUGAACCUAAUGCUGCUGUCGAGGCCGCCGAGGAACAUCUCGAAGAGUUUAUCGGGUACCAGGACAGAUACGCUCUUUCCGCUGCCAAUAUCUUCAAGGCUCACAAGGCUGGCAUCGAGGGUGGUCUGAUGGACUUCUCCGAGUCGAUGUUUUUGAGAUCGCAAGGACUGGGAUGGAACGAGACCUCGGCUGUCGGCGGUACCGGAACCCUUUGGGACGAGAUCUACGACGGCGUCUACUUCUCUGCCACCACCUGGAAGACCAUCGACAAGGGUUUAAACCGUCUGGCCGAGGCUUUCCACCCCAUCGUCGACAAAAAGAUCACCUACGGCCGACGAGUCAACAAACUCAGUUACGAUGAGUCCACGAAAAAGACUUCUGUACACUGGUACGAUAAUGCCAAGUCUUCCAGCGAGACAUUGACCUACGACAAGACCAUUGUCGCCGUUCCCUUCUCUGUCGCGCGACUUUGGCGACUGCCGAAAUUCAACCCCGUCAUGACCGAGGCAAUCACUGGACUUGGUUACUCUUACGCCUGCAAAGUCGCUCUUCUGUACAAGACUCGAUUCUGGGAGCAGAUCGAGGACCCUAUCUUCGGUGGUUGCGGGUCGACCGACUUGCCAGGGAUCGGUUCUGUCUGUUACCCCGCUUACAACAUCAACGGUACCGGUCCCGGAGCCAUGCUCGCCAGUUAUACUACUCCCGUCGGACCCUCCCUCUCUGCCAUGUCUGAAGCCGACCACGUCGGUAUGGUUGUCGAGGCCAUGAACGAGAUUCACGGAGACAUCGCGCGCGAGCAGUACACUGGUGAAUACGACCGGGUCUGUUGGGGUCUUGACCCUCAUCAAGCUGGAUCGUGGGCCUCACCUUACACCGGCCAACACGAGCGAUACAUGCCCGAAUACCACAAGACUCACUCGAACCACAUCUUCGUCGGCGAACACACCUCGGUAAACCACGCCUGGAUCUUCUCUGCUCUUGAAUCAGCCACUCGAGGAGUCGUUCAGCUGUUGCUCGAAGACGGUCUCGUUGACGAAGCGAAGGAGAUCGUUAACAAAUGGAUGGCGAGGUGGAUCUCGGUCUAA